CUAUGGUGGAUGUGAAGGCCCUGAUGCUAUGUAUGUCAAAUUAAUAUCCUCUGAUGGCCAUGAGUUUAUUGUAAAAAGAGAACAUGCGUUAACAUCAGGAACAAUAAAAGCCAUGUUGAGGGGCCCAGGUCAGUUUCCUGAAAAUGAAACCAAUGAAGUCAAUUGUAGAGAGAUCCCUUCACAUGUGCUAUCCAAAGUGUGCAUGUAUUUCACAUACAAGGUUCCUUACACUAACAGCUCCACCGAGAUUCCUGAAUUCUCAAUAUCACCUGAAAUUGCACUGGAAUGGCUGAUGGCUGCAAAUUUCCUAGAUUGUUAA